UUUCAAGAGUCUCAAGGACACCUAAAUAAAGUGUCUUGCAGCACGGAAACGGGCCCUUCGGCCCAUCACGUACGUUCUAUAUCAUCUUUUCUUGUUGUGUUGGACAGGUGGGUGCAACCGGAACAGGCUCGGCGAUGAGUGGACUUCUGAAGCGCAAGUUUGUGGAGGUGGACGUGGACCCGUGUUGCUCCUCGUCGUCAUCCUCGCCCUCCUCCUCCUCCUCCUCUUCAUCUUCCUCAUCAUGCUCUUCAUCCUCUUCCUCCGCCUCGUCCUCCGCUUGCUACUCCCCCUCGUCCUGGGACUCUGACGAUGACGAGAGUGGGGGUGAGACCUGGUCGACCCGUCGCCACGCGGACUUCCCCUCCGUUCUGUUCACACCGGUGCCCAUUCUGAAGCGGGCAAGGCGGGCGAGGAAUUGCCGGGUGCAGUUUGACCAGGUGGUGGUGUUCUACUUUGCCCGGUGCCAGGGCUUCACCAGCGUGCCCAGCCAGGGCGGUUGCACCCUGGGCAUGGCCCAGAGACACAGCUCGUGCCGGCAGUACACGUUGGCGGAGUUCGCCAGGGAGCAGGAGAUGGUCCACGCGCAGAAGAUCAAGGCGCUCCUCAAGGAGCAGAAGCUGAACGCACGGAGGCUGCAGCUGAGCAAGGGCGGGCCGGCAGAGGCGGAGCGGGCCGAGCAGCUGACCCUAGACGAGGUGUCGGACGAGGAGGUGGAGGUGGAGAUGGAGAAUGGCUUCUUCCCACAGCCCUACCCUGCCCGGCAGCGGCUCGCCAUGCUGAGGGCAGCCGGCGUGAAGAGGGUCGACCGCGAGGAGAAGAGGGAGCUCAGCGCCAUCCGGCUGUCCAGAGAGGAGUGCGGCUGUAACUGCAAGGGCUUCUGUGAGCCUGAGACUUGCCACUGUAGUCUGGCUGGCAUCAAGUGCCAAAUGGAUCGCAUGUCGUUCCCGUGUGGGUGUACGAAGGACGGUUGCGGGAACCGUACGGGCCGGAUUGAGUUUAACGCCGCCCGCGUCCAGACGCAUUUCAUCCACACCAUCAUGAAGCUGGACCUGGAGAGCCGGCAGAGCGGGAACGUGAACGUGAACGGGAACGGGAUGGCGGAGUUGGGGGCGGCGCUCCUGGACAACCCGGCUCGCUGCGGCUACCAGGAGCGGGCGGUGUCCGCGGCCCCCGCCUUCCACUACGCCAAGGAGAGCGAGGACAACAGCUGUAGCAGCAGCGACAUGACCGACUCCUCCAGCUCGUCCUGUUACAGCGAGGAGCGUACCGGCGGCAGCCGCCACUUCCUGGACAACGUCCCGCCCCCGCGCCACCGCGGCCAGCCCGCCGACAUAGACGACGACAGCGGAGGCGGCUGCCUGGCUCGUAUCCUGCACUUCAACGACUCCGACAACGAAGACCCCCACCGUCGGGACCCCUUCCCCUACUUCAGCCCCUCCGACUUCCUCUGCGACCCCAGCGCUGAACAUAACCGCGCGCCCGGGCUGGACGAGAACGCCAACCACGAGCCCGGUUUCACCCUGGGCGAGAUGGCCACCAUGCAGGGCACCUCCCCCCACUGCACGGAGCUGGGCGGCAAGAGCUACACCGACCUCAGCCUCUCCAUGGACUCCUUCGAGUUUUUCCAGUCCUUCUCCGAGUUCAACUACGCCCCCUUCCACCACCCGCAGAAGGACUACGACGCCCUGGACAACUGCCCCGCCCUGCAGUUCCCCUUCACCGCCACCCCCUCCCAGACCGCCGAGCCGGCCAGCUGCUUCCUGGAGUCCCUGAUGGGCCUGGCCGAGCCCAUAACGGCCGACUCCUUCCGCGAACCGCCCACCGCCUUCCCCGACAACCAGCAUCUGGAGGAGGCCAUCAAGACGUCCAUUAUGGAGACCGUCAAGGUUUGACCUUCGACCUGGCUGCCAAAACAACAACCCCCCCCUCUCACACGGGGUGACCAGAGACAUUAGACAAUAGGUGCAGGAGUCGGCCAUUCGGCCCUUCGUGCCAGCACCGCCAUACAAUGUGAUCACGGCUGAUCAUCCCCAAUCAGUACCCCGUUCCUGCCUUCUCCCCGUGUCCCCUGACUCCGCUAUCUUUAAGAGACGUUUCUGAAGUGAAGUGACUGAUGUAUUUGUGGGUGGGGAGGG